AUGCCUCACACAGGACUCAACUUCAUCAUCCACUUGAGCCUCUUCUUAGCUUUGCUGCAAGAUGUCCAACUAAAAGGGAUAUCCUGUGCCAUACUUGAUAAUACAUCUUAUUCCGUUGGAGAACCUAUAGAUCAGUUUGGUGACAUAACUGAACCAGGAAAGAUACACUGCAAUGAAAGCAACUGUUGUAUGGCACUGUGGAAUAUCAGCAAUGGGAGGAUUCAGCCGGCUUUGUUAGGCUGUUUCCCCUCUCAUGCCGUAUGCAGAUCCGACAUCUGUGUUCCUGUCUACAAACAGGGCACUUAUCACUGCUUAUGUUCUUCAGACAUGUGUAAUGCCAACAUCAACUUUUCUGGGAACUCUGUGGCUGUAUUUGUGGCUGCCGUUACAAUCUUUCUGAUAUUGACCAUUUUGGGGUUCAUCAAAGCGAGGAAAGAAAAAUACUGUCUUCGAGUCAAAGAUGAAGGCUUGCUGGAAAACCAGGAGGUGCUUAUGCAGGAGAUGAGCAGCCCCCCAACACUGCCAGUGGAGGGACUUACGCUACAGACACUUCAAGACGAGAGUUUGCCUUCAAAUUUGUGGCUUGGUGCUUUGUAUGGUAAAGGUGUUAUCAUAAAAUGUUUCCCACCCCCGCUGAAGAACCUCUAUAGCCAAGAAUGGAGGAUCCUGAGCCUUCUGACCCCUUUCCAGCAUGAGAACAUUGUCUGCCUUCUAGCAGCUGGGUCUGGUCCCGAGGAGGUACUGAUGCAUCACCGAAUUUUAGUCUUCCAACAUUAUCCAGAAGGCUCUUUGAGGGGCUACUUGACUGAUCGAACGGCUGAUUGGGACACAGCUUGUCGAAUGGCCAUUUCCUUAGCAAGAGGUUUGGCUUUCCUCCAUAGUGACAAAUGGACUGGGGGCGUAUACAAGCCUGCGAUCGCUCAUCGAGACUUGAGCAGCGAGAACAUCUUGGUGACUGCAGAUUCUUCCUGUGUGAUAACAGACUUUGGUCUAUCUGUGGUUCUGGAGAAAUGUCAAACAAAAAAGAAACCACGGGAUCCAGCAAUAUUAAACAUGACGGGAACCUUACGCUAUAUGUCUCCAGAGGUGCUGGAUGGCUCCCUGAAUCUUAUAUCCUGGGAACAGGCUCUGAUUCAGGCUGAUGUAUAUUCACUUGGCCUCCUGCUGUGGGAAAUAUUUAGUCGCUGUAAUGAUUUGUAUGCAGAUCACCAGUGUCCUGAAUUUCGUGUGGCUUUUUUUGAUGAGAUGGGACCAAACCCCACCCUAGACAAGUUACGAUCACUGGUGGCAGAGAACAAGAGACGGCCACAAGUACCCAGAAACUGGAGUAACAAUCUACAGCAGUUCAAGACAUUGUGGGAGACGUUAGAAGAUUGCUGGGACCCUGACUCUGAGGCUCGCCUGACUGCCCAUUGUGCAGAGCAGAGACUGAGUAACCUUCUCCCUACAGCCUUCGGUUUGUUGCCAGAGAACUUUAUUUGAAGUAGUGGAAACAGGGACGGACUGGGAAUUUAAAGUGCCUCUGGAAAAAAACUAAAAAUGUUGUAGACAGGCCCAGAUUAACAGAAAGUGGGGCCAACGCAAGUAGGUGGGGUCAACUCAAGUAUGUGGGGCCAGCAAUAGAGGGACAGUAUAUUGUGCUACACUUUCAGAUUUGGUUCUGUAGCAGAACCAAAUACCAAAGUGCUGCACAAUAACCGUACUGCCCCAGCAGAACCAAAUGCCACAAUGCAGGACAAUAUACUGCCCCAGCAGAACCAGAUACUUCGGUGCGGCACAAUAUACUGUCCUAGCAGCACCAAAUACCAUCCCAGAAGCUGCUCUCUGUGGUGGCCAGUGCCAUCUGCCACAUUCUGUCCUCCUCCUCCAUCUUCUCCAGUUGUGUCUAAUUGACAUAUGGAGGAGGGGGCUGAGGAGGUGAG